CAUAGGACCGGAGAGGAAGAGUUUGGCCAGGAGGAAAAGUGUGCCUAAACUCUCAUUCUGUUUAUGAUGCUAUGGUGGCAUCUUCAAGCCAAGGUUCUCACCAGGUGCUCUUUGCCCUUUGCUCUCUAGUGCUGGAGGUAGGUUCAGCCAUCCCCAUCAUCAUGGGCUCCAAUAUAGGGACCUCAGUCACCAACACCAUUGUGGCACUUAUGCAAGCUGGCGACAGGAGCGAAUUUAAGAGGGCCUUUGCGGGGGCCACGGUGCAUGACUGCUUCAACUGGUUGUCGGUGCUGAUUCUGCUGCCUCUGGAAGUGGCCACUGGCUAUCUGCACCUCAUCACCAAAGUUUCCGUGGCAACUCUCAACCUGCGCAGUGGACGGGAUGCACCAGAGCUCCUGAAAGUAAUCACGGAGCCCUUCACUGGCCUUAUUGUCCAGGUGGGUGUGCUGUGCCAGGUGGAGGAUGAUGACACUGAAGAUCUGGAGG